AUUGUUUUUUUUUUUCUUUCUAAAUCAAAGAUAAGCUUUAUGGCCUCUCUACUUAUAUGUAGUGAGUGUGUGGAUGUGUGCGUACGAAACAAGGUGAUAAUAUCAAAAGAAAAGAAGAAAAUGAGUGAGGAAAAGAGGAAGCAACACUUUGUUCUAGUACAUGGUGCAGGCCACGGCGCAUGGUGCUGGUACAAGGUUAAGCCGCAGCUCGAGGCUUCGGGCCAUCGAGUAACCGCCUUAGACCUAGCUGGCUGCGGUAUAGACAACACCAAGUCAAUCACUGACAUUUCCACAUGCGAAGAGUAUUCUGAGCCGUUGAUUCAGCUUAUGACUUCAUUGCCAAAUGAUGAGAAGGUUGUGCUCGUUGGUCAUAGCUUUGGAGGUUUGAGUUUAGCCAUAGCCAUGGAUAAGUUUCCUGAAAAAAUCUCUGUCUCUGUCUUUGUGACUGCUGUCAUGCCCGACACCAAACACUCACCAUCAUUCGUCGUGGACAAGUUUGCAAGCUACAUGACACCAGAAGGAUGGAUGGGUUCUGAGUUCAAGCCGUACGGCUCAGACAAUUCUGGCUUGUCUGUGUCCUUCAGCACUGAUUACAUGAAGAACCGUCUCUAUCAACUUUCUCCUAUUGAGGAUCUUGAGCUUGGACUGCUUCUAAAGAGGCCGGCAUCAUUAUUUAUGAACGAAUUAUCGAGGAGGACGAAAUUUUCGGACAAAGGGUAUGGAUCUGUUCCUCGAGCUUACAUUGUGUGCAAAGAGGACAACAUCAUCUCAAAAGAACUACAACAAUGGAUGAUCGACAAUUAUCCGGUAAAUUUAGUGAAGGAGAUGGAAGAGACGGAUCAUAUGCCAAUGUUUUGCAAACCUCAGUUGCUAAGUGCCCAUCUAUCGGAAAUCGCCGAAAAAUUCGAUUAAAUAAUAGGAUUGUUUGUUGAAUUGUAUUUGGAUUUGAAACUAUUAAGUGUGUUUUCUAAAAUAUAUGUUUCUAAUUUAGCAAAAAAAAAAAAUUAAAAAAUGUUUCUAUAGGUUCAUACUUUAUUGCUUACUAUGGUUGAAAUGAGAAAUCUAACAGUCAA